UUUAUUUAAAAAAAGUAUAUUUCUUAGAUUACUGUAGAUUAAAAUUCUAAAAACUUUUACUAAAUUCCACAAUUUAUAUUUUACAGUCUAUAACUAACAUUGUAAAAUAUUUCGGAAAGAAUUGGACUGUUUUACAUUCGUUGUUAUUUUUUUCGCUGUUAUUAUCAUCGAAACACUGUUGAUCUAUCUUAAAGGCGAAGUAUGUUAGCAUGCCCCCGACUUGAUGAUCUCUCCCUAUCUGCUUGCCGAUGAUCGAUGUAAAAUUGCAAUGGAAACAAGGCCGCGCGCUACAAUCGAGCGGUGUUGUUUCGCGUUCCCCGGAGGGAUCUGAUUGCAAACGAAUACGGCAGGGUUACAGUCUCCCUUCAUAGACAAUUAAUCCAGUUUACUCGCAGACGUUACCUCGGUAUGGGGUUCUUGUAAGCCGAGAAUCCGCACAAACGUCCCUCCCGCGCUUAAAUAUAUUCAAUUACGGGACCUGCGUGCCGUCUCGCCUCUCUCUUUUCGUCCCUCUCACCACUCUUUCGUGUCUUUCCAUUUUUAUUCAGUCGUGCAACCGAAGUCUCGACUUUUUGAUUGUCAUUUUGAUAUCUCUUAAGAAUACGGAUUUACACACUGAUGAUUUCUAAAAUUCUCAUAAAUUUCUUGCAAGUUUGUCUCGUCAAGAUACGUACUUAUUUUAUUAUUGGACUUUCAACAAUUAUAAAACGCGCCAAUUGUAUUCGUUACAUGAUAAAAAAAUCUAGUUGCCAUAAAUUGGAAGUCUAAUAGAUUAAAUUUAUUAAAUAUUCUGGCUAUAAAAAUUAAAAAUUUAAUCAUAAUAUUACGAAAUCAGAAAUUUGAUUUGUAAUAUCAAUAUAAAUAUAAUAUACAUUUUGUACCUUUGUUGAUAUAAUAAAAACCUUUUUCUUAGUGUAGCAAUAUUAAUUGUAAAGAAUUUUAUUUUAAUGUAUUUAUAAUAUAUCUAAUAAGAGAUUAAUAUUUCAUAUUCAUGCACCGAUCAAUAUCAUGCUACAUGAUAAAAUUAUAAUGACAGAAUAGUCAAAUUGAAAAAUCAUGCUAUCGUAAAGUUGAUAAGAUAUUACAUACUAUAUUAUCGUUACUUUUUAUUUUAUAUUUAAAGCAAUCAGAAAAAAAUAAACUGUUCAAUAUAUGUAUUUUAAAAUCAAUAAAAUUUUACUAUACAGUUUAGUAAAAACACUCACAUAUUUUGUAUUUUAUUACGAUAAAAUAUCAAAUGUAUGUAGUAAGUAUUGAUAAAUCAGAGAAAAUUACAUAAUACUUUUCGAAAUACAAUAUUGUCCUAUAACUAUUUUGAAUUUUUUAAAUUUUUCGAAAAGAAUUCGUUUUGAGUAAAUUUUAUAUAGAAAAAGGCUACACAUGUAUGUAUUAUGUAUAUUUUACUUUUUUAAUUAUCUAAAUAAAGAAUGUUUUUAUCAAUAUUAAUAAAGUGUAAUAUUUAGUUGCACUCCGAGAAGUUAGAAGGUGUCGUUUUAGAAGAUCUGUAUUGGCGACUUUCCUCUAAUAUAUGUAUUUUUUGUUAUAUAUACGUGUAUAAUUAUUUAAUAUGUAAUAUUUAAUAUGUAAUUUUAAUAUAUUUAUAGUGAUAAUAAUAUGUUAAGAGAUAAGAUAAGAGAUAAUUUUCCGUAUGGAUAACUCGUUAAAACAAAAUAGUCACGUACGAAUGAAUAAAUGAAUUUAAUGAAGCAAAUAUCCAAUCAAGUUGCUUCGUGCACAACACACAAAUAUUGUUUGCGCUAAUUACAUUGGAUCAAUGUGAGAAGCAUAAAAUUGUUUCUUCUAAUAGAUUUGAAUGAAAAAUUGUCUCACAUUUUAAAAUCUGAAAAGCUCUAUACCGUACGUUGAGAUUAUAUAUACCUUCGAUAGAGCGUUGUCAGUUUUAACAAUACAUCAUCGAAUACUGUAUAUACAGUGUGGCCGAAAAACAGAAUCAAAGCUCGCGAAAACUUUCGGCGCGAAAAGUCAGGAGGUCGCAAUUCGAUAUUUCCCGGUGUUUUCCACUGUCGGACGGUCGUGACACCAGAGUUAGAUGAUAGAGCAAGAAUAGAAAAGAAUGUAGGGUACAGCAAAAACAACAAGAACAGAAAGAAGAACAAAGAGAGAGAGAGAAAGAGAAAGAGAGAGAGAGAGAGAGAGAGAGAAGGGUCACGAUAUAAGGGAACAGGGUGCAGAGCGAGAGAGAAAAAGAGAGUUAAGCCUGCAGGCUGCAGACAGAGGUACCGGAGUAGCGGCAAACAGCCAGCAACAGCAGCAGCAGCAGCAGCAGUAGCGUGGCGCAAAGCGAAAGCAGAAGGGAGACAGGCAUCUCGCCCUUCUUUUGUCCCUGGGCUUCGGCCCGAUAUUGAAAUGGAGUCGUUUGAGUGUGAAUAAUUUGCUUUGCCCGGGCCCACCCCUCCGCCGCCGUCGUGCCGUCCCUCUCCUUUACCGCUCUCGGCCCGGCGCGACUACCACCGUGAUCGGCCCCCCCCCCCCCUCAUGUACCCUCAAUUCCCCUCGUGGACCCGUCAACCCCGCUGCAGGCCGCGUUAUUUCGCGUCCUACUAGAGAGAGAGUAGUUCGUGUUUCGCGAUUUCCGAGGACGUAAAUCGAACUUUUUCCACACUGUCUUCUGCAUGAGACUCAGCGAGAGACACAGGCACAUUUCUUGGAGGAAUGCAUUCUAUUAAAGAUCUGUUUGGACGGAAGAGUUUCAAACCUACAAUAGUCUGUACCAGAUUGUAAACGAAACACAUAUUUUAAGUCGAGAAUAAGUACCUAAUUUUAUCACGUAAACGAUUGUUUGUUCUAUUACUUGUUUGAGAUACCAUUAUUUAUAUAAAUUUACACACAAUAUAUUUUUUUUAAAUAAGGAGAAAUGAAAAAAACAUACAAAUCUUGAUCUAGAUCUAAUUGUCUCGAUCAUUAAUGAAAACUACUGUAUUGAUUUUCACUUUAAAUUAUUGGGGGAAGGGGUGGAGGAGAAAAAACACUUUGUGUAAAAAUGUAACAAACUUUAAACGAACUACUUUCAGAUUAAACAGAUUCAAAAGCUACAUUAUAAAUUAAAUGUCAUUAUAAUAUUUAAUAUGUUGUAUCAUCGUGUACGUAUAACGUAAUUUUUUAAAUAAAAAAGCGCGUAGAAACAAAUUGAGCGAGAUUAGUAAAAAAAGCAUUUUCUAAAGGAUAAUCUCUCUUAAAGUUUUCUUAAAGUUUUUCUCCUAAAAGAUUUGUUACUGUGUACUUUAAAUGUAAUCUUUGUCUUUAUAAAACUAUAGUUCAUUUGGAAUCACGUGGAAUUAAGCUUCAAAAUAUACACUAAAAGAACAAAAUGAUUAUAAUUACUAUAAUGUAACUGUAAUUUAUAAUUAUUUUCGAUUUCAAUUUAUAGUUUUAACCAUGCAAAUUAUAGCUAUUAGUUAUUAUUAAGACAUAAAGAGUAAUGUUACAAAAUACUUAUGUUUGAUAUUUACUAUAAUUGUAUUUAUACAAAAACGUUUAUUUUACCUUUACCAUUCAUAUCUUGAUGUUUUAUUAUAUUUAAAGUUAUAACAAUUUAUAGUAAAAUUUUUUCAUAGUUAUAUAUAGCAAUAAUAACUAUAAAGCUUCCAACCAUAAUUAUUUUGCCAUGCAAUUAUAUUCACAAAUACUUUUCUCUGAGUGUGCCAUCAGAUGCUGGUUUAUUGAGUUUAGUUCGUCCAAAAAUCGACGUCAAUUAAAAGUCUCCUUUCGUACGAAUCGAUGUGACAUCGAUCGGAGAGUCCGUUUUACGCACGUACGCGUAUCUCGAGGUGAGGCGAGAGGUCCCGAUCAUUAUAAAUUCCGAACUAUUGUCGCGAUCGAUCGAUCGGACGACCUUGAUUCCCGGAUCGUCCCGACUGUGACGCGCUGGGACAAUCUGCGUUCUUCAUUUCUCGGAUGCUGGUCAGAUCGAGUACGUCGGUGAAUUGAUUAGCGCGAAUCAUCGUCGCGCGCCGCGACUCACCGGCGAAAUCCCUGCGUGGAAUGAUCGACACGUACGACACACAUGCCACGCAUGACGAGCCGGAGUUAAAAUUACGUACGACGACGCGACGUAACCGCCGCGUAACACGGCCUUGCUCCGACCCGUAAAGUAUGUGUUAAGCGCCCGACAUCGUCGGUCACGGGCGGAUGAGAACGUCGAUGAUGAAUUAUAUUAGUCGAAGACACUUUUCCUUAAAUUUUAAUAAAAUGUAGAAAUUUCUAUUGCAGAACCGCUUCGGUAACAGACGUGUUUCUGUGCGAACAAAUCACUUUAUAAAUUCUAAUGAGUCUUUUAUCCGAACAAAAAUGUCUCGUGGGAUUAACAAUAACGUGACGUGAAUAGUAAAAAAUAUCUUUAGUUAGCUUUAAUUGAUCUCGAUCAAGUUACUUUUAAUGGGAGUUUAAUCUUGUUUCGUUUAACUUACGCGUGUAACUUUUGCGCUUCUCUCAAGCAUCUUACAGCACGUUUCCUUUCUGUAAUUUAAUCUUACAAUGCUAUAGAAGAAUUCGAUAAAUGCAUUGUGAAAAUAUGCCUGAAUGAACGCUUUUGCAUACUGUUCACGUCUCGCGGCAAAAGCGGUGAAUCUCCGGUGCAGCGAGUACGAGCGUACGUUCAAUCCAUUUCAAAUUUAAUCGUCGAUAGGACAGAAGCGCGAUUUCUUUCGCCCGGUGCGCCCGGAACAAACACGACGUGGCGAAAAAGGGCGAAAGGCGGAGUUCGAGGAAGGACGAAGAAGAAGUCGUACGCCGAGCAUUGAAGAGCCGCCGCUUUUGAAAAGGCGCCUGUACGCCGACAAAGGCGAAGGUGAACGCGCGCGAGCGGCCGGAUGAUGAGCCAACAAUGAUCGAGGAUUCAUCAGCUUCUUUUAAGAGGCCAAUGUCACCCACCGGCUCGCCGGUGAACGCGACGCUACCCCAGCCGUGGAGUAUCCUUCUUAGACAUGCAGAACGCAUACGAGACGCGGUGUAUAUAAUCCACCAGCGGCGGACGACGAAAUUCAGUCAGCUCGUCAACACAACCAGCUAACUGCUAUCGUACAACAAUGAAGGUACUUGUCAGUAUUGUCAUCUUGGCCAGCGUGGUCCUCGCCGAGCCACCGAGAUACCGCCAGCAGUCUCAGCAACAGAGACAGUAUUACUUCGCCCGACAGCAGGAAGAGGCCGCGCCUUAUGCCGCGUCCGGCUGGAAACCAGCGGGACCCGCUUUUGAUCUUCCUCAAAAACAAUUUCAGCAAUACGAAGCUCCGAGCGCGUCUCAGCAACAGUACGGAGCGCCAAGCGCGUCUCAGCAACAAUAUGGUGCGCCAAGCGCGCCUCAGCAACAAUAUGGUACGCCAAGCGCGCCUCAGCAACAAUAUGGUGCGCCAAGCGCGUCUCAGCAACAGUACGGAACGCCAAACGCGCCUCAGCAACAAUAUGGAGCACCAACCGCGUCGCGACAGCAAUACGGAGGUCCAAACGUACCCCCCCGGCGACAAUACGGAGCACCGUCCUCCGAUCCUCAGCGAGAAUACGGGGCACCGGAAGAAUCCACGACGACCGAGACUCCUAACACUACCGAAGAGGAUGAGGUAUCUACCGUUCAAGGCAUCACUGAGUCUGAGUCCGAGCCCGUGAACGCGGUUAACGAGCUCGAGGACGAGGACGUGGACCAGAAGCAGCCUCAGCAAUCCGGAGAGUACUACGUGGCACUUCCCGACGGUCGCCUUCAGCGCGUGCGAUACAUCAGCCGUCAGGACGUCGAGGCCAUGAAGUACUUCGCCAAGAUUCGCGCCGAGAACGUAGAGCCUCUUCGCGGCCCGAUCUACGCGUACGCACCGCUGCAGAAGCUGCAGGUCGUGCCGGCCGGCCUGCAAUUGUCCGUCGCCCCGGUCGCUCCAGUCGCCGCGGUCACAUCCGCGGACACCAAGCCGCAGAAACUGGAAAUCGAGCCCGUGGCCGCGCAGGUGCAGUAUCAAUACGACAAUAAUCCGUCGCGUGUGGUGCCCCUGGCCAACCCGCUGAGCACCACCUACACUGCCUACACGGCGAACUAUCAAGCACCGGCAACCGACUCCAGAUUCCUCCUCACCUUCCAGUGAAUUAAAAGCGAUACUAUCAAGUGACGCCUCUUGUAAAUUGCAUUGUACACAUGUUGCAUAGAUUCUUAAGUGUAUACUGACAAUUAUAUUAAGCUGACGACAUAAUAAAGUUGAUGAUAACGACAUA